AGGACUGUCACCAGCUUGUCGGGUCAGCCUCCAAGUGUAUAUAAAGAUGCUGCAGGUGGAUGUGAGUCGCAGAGAACCUUGAGAAACAGGUGAGUUUGGAGCAUCAUGGCUUCCACACUGGUGCUUCUGCUUCAGCUGCUCCUGGUCUCACUCUCAUCCGCAUCAUCUUACUUUGGGGGAACCGUGACCUACACCUACAAAGGAAGAAACCCCGAUGGAACAUUUCGGGUUGACCUUCGCAACAGGGCAACCUUUGAUGACUGUCAGAACUCUCUCAACUGGUUUUGUUACACCGGCAACUGUGGCUAUAAUACCACAAGUGAGAGAGGCGUAGUUGACUGGAGCAACAAUGCACCACAAUAUAACAACCAAUGGUGUGAAACUGAAACAGUCAGUACAAGAAGUAUCCCAAGUGACAACCCUUUUCAAAUGAACGCUGCAAGCUGUUGUUGGAUCCCAACGCGAAACUGGGUUCGUAAUUUGAGACUUAUGACUUAUGUGGAUUUGGGAACAAGAUCUGACACUGGAAAACCAAACCAAUCACCAGAAGUUGCCAUUCUCCCUUUUCUACGAGUUCCUCAGAACUGCCCACGGACAUACAAGCUGAUGUCCUUUGAUCCUGAUGGUGACAAAGUUCAAUGCAGAUAUGGAAAUAUCAUAGGUACUGAGUGCAGCUCGUGCAACCAACCUUCAGGCUUCGCCUUGGAUCAGGGCUCUUGCACAUUACACUACCGAUACUCUUAUGUCAACACCAGAGCGUAUGGAUUUGAGUUGGUGGUGGAGGACUUCCCACAAGGGCGCAUCUCUCUGGCCUACACUGAUGGAUCCAGAUCCUCCAGGGAUCCACUGAGAAAGAGACAAGCUACAACCGCAGCACCAACCACAAUCCCUACAACAGCAGAACCGACCUAUGACCCAUGGUGGUGGUUUUUUUCAACAACAACCCCAACCACAACCCCAACCACUACAACCACAGGACAAAUUACAACAGCAGAACCGACCUAUGACCCAUGGUGGUGGUUUUUUCCCACAACAACCACAACCCCAACCACUGAAGUAACCACAGGACAAAUUACAACAGCAGAACCGACCUAUGACCCAUGGUGGUGGUUUUUCACAACAACCCAACCCCAACCACUGAAGUAACCACAGGACAAAUUACAACAGCAGAACCGACCUAUGACCCAUGGUGGUGGUUUGUUUCAACAACAACCCCAACCACUACAACCACAGGACAAAUUACAACGGCAGAACCGACCUAUGACCCAUGGUGGUGGUUUUUUCCCACAACAACCCCAACCCCAACCACUGAAGUAACCACAGGACAAAUUACAACGGCAGAACCGACCGAUGACCCAUGGUGGUGGUUUUUUUCCACAACAACCCCAACCACAACCACUGAAGUAACCACAGGACAAAUUACAACAGCAGAACCGACCUAUGACCCAUGGUGGUGGUUUUUUCCCACAACAACCCCAACCACUACAACCACAGGACAAAUUACAACGGCAGAACCGACCUAUGACCCAUGGUGGUGGUUUUUUUCCACAACAACCCCAACCACUGAAGCAACUACCACUCCGCGACACACUAGCAGCAGGACACACCUGUACUCCACCACUCCUCCUCUCAGUAAACUACCAUUGCAAUUCUCUGUACUUGUGGACCCACCUGCUCCUUCAUGUCAGGAGGGACUCUUCUUGCCAAAGUUUGUGAACCCAACACCUGAAAAUGGAGCACACAUCCAAGCAGAGGUCAACAAAGAGGUGGAGAUCAGAGUCAAAGCACAAGCUGCAUAUGCAACAAUACGUGAUAUCAUCAUCAGUGGGCCACUGAAUAUCCAAAAGCACAGGACCACACAUGAUGAGUUUGUCAUUAGGUGGACGCCAACUCCAGAUGACCUGGGAGCUCAUUACCCCAUCUGCUUUGCUGUUGAGUCAGUGACAGGGGCUGACAUCUAUCAGUCUGAGAUGAGGUGUGUUCUGGUGGACAUUGUGGCGACGCAAGUUGUAGCCAAUGUGAUCUGCAGUCAGUCCACAAUGACAGUAGAGGUUGAGAAAUCUUCAUUCUCUGGACUCAAUGAGGAUCAUUUGCGGCUCAGUGACCCCACCAACACCGUCUGCAGCCUCCGCACACACUCCAACAGCACUCACAUCAUCGCUGUCAUCCCCCUCAAUGCUUGCGGCACUCAGAUCGAGGAAGAUGAUGACAACCUCAUUUUUAAGAAUGAAAUCACCGCGGUCGACAACACAGAAGACCUGAUCACCAGGAAACACCUGCUGGAAGUUCAGUUCUACUGCCAGUACCCCAAACGGGGGAACGUGACACUUGGCUACACAGCACACAGGAAAAGUAUCACAGUGUGGGAGAAAGGCUUUGGUACUUUCACUUACCAGUUUGAGUUCUUUCCUGAUAACCAAUUCCAAACCAUGAUUGAUCCAAAUUCAUACCCUCUGGAGUACGACGUAGGGAGCAGGAUCUACAUGCAGAUAGAUGCCACCUCUUCAGCCAACAACACCGAGCUGUUUGUGGAGUCCUGCAGCGCUGCACCAUAUGACAACCCAAACUACCGGCCAACCUACUCCAUCAUUGAAAAUGGGUGUAAAGUGGACUCAUCUGUUGAAAUCCAUUCCUCCACCAACAAGAGACAAUUCCAGUUCAGCAUGGAGGCCUUCAGGUUCAUCGGCUUGCAUGACCAGGUUUACAUCAGCUGUUCAGUCCUGAUGUGUGAAGCAGGGGACCCCCACACCAGGUGCUCGAAGGGAUGCAUCAACUCCACAUCUCGAGUUGGUCACCACCAUAACCACGGAAAGAGAGAGGCGGUCACCCAGAGUUUAAGGCACUUUGUUUCCCAGGGUCCCCUGCGCUUAACGAGAUCAGCAGAGAGCACCGGAAGCCCAGUGAUUAGCCUGGAUCUGAACCUGGUCUUCAUUGCUGGUUGUCUUCUUGCAGCUGUUGCCAUGAUCUGUGCAUUGGCCAUGUUCAAAGCCAAAAUGUCAAGGGCCAAAUACCAGCCUUUGCCUACGUUUGUAAAUUAAGACAGCAGCAUGUGCAGAAUAGGAAACCAGACAGAAAGAUUAAUAUUAAACAACAAUGAGGAUGAUCAACUUGUACUGCAGCUGCUGGUUCGCUUGUGCUGGUUACCAUUGUGGGAUCCCAUGUAGCUUUACAACUGCUUCUACUAUUAAGUAUUACAGUUUGAUGUAUGGUAAAACAAGUAUCUUGAUUGACCUGUGUAGUCCUAUCCUAUCAUGAUCAUUCCUCAUUCAAAUGCUACAAUUACACAUCAAAAGUUCUAUGGCUGGUCAGUUAUGAAACAGUUGCUUAACUUUGCUUUGUUUACUUACAUUCAAUUCCUUUCUUUUUUGAAAACUUUCCUGUUGCUGAAGCUCAUCAUGUUUCAUAACCUGUGUAGCAACCACCAGAGUGAUCAUGACUGCAAUGAUCCAUUAUGUAACAGAAGGUUGUAAACUAUAAAAGUAUACAACAAAACUGUCAAA